GCCCUGGCGGCGGCGCCCAACGGCAGCGGUGCCCGCGCCGCUAACGGAACGGCGCUCGCGCCGCCAACGGCGCUAACGGCCGCGCGCGCUCCCCCGGCGAGCGGAAGGCUCCAAGUCGGAAGAGGCGCCGGGUCGGCGGCGGACCCUGCGCUGACCGGGGACUGCAUCCACGGCCGGGAGCCUCUCGCCUCAGCGAAUCUGAGAGAGUGUGGGGAAGGAAAAGGACAGAGCAAAGAAGCACAGCAGCAGAGCUUAGGCAGAGGAGAACCAGGAACAGAUGCAGCCUUACCCCUCUGGAAGUGUCUGCCUUGAAACUGCUGCUCAUGGUGGCAUCACCAGCCACAGAAACAGCAGUCAGCACACCUCAUAUGCUUAGGAAAAUCUCAGGGAUCAUCCGGGCCUUGUCUUAUGUGUCAUCUGGUUUUCAGUUGCCUGAUGCAGCCAAUGGGGUGACCACCAUUACUGCAAAACCCUUGCAAUGCACCUGCUAAGACUGGUACCCGUCCAGAAGUAGUGACCUGACCCUCUCCCAUUUAGUUAGAAAUUUACAAAAUAUUUUCCACUGAUUUGAAGCAGUACGUCUUGAAAUACCUGAAUUUGCCUGCAUCUACUUCAGUCUGUAUCUGACUAAAGGAUAAAGUGAGAAUCACUCAGACUUUAGCAGAUCUUUGCAAUGAGUUACCCUGGUUAUCCCCCAGCGGGUGGAUAUCCGCCACCAGUCCCAGGUAGCAGUCCUUGGGGGGGUGCCGUUUAUCCACCUUCAAAUCCACCUCCGAUUGGUCUAGAAAAUGUGGCUGGCUAUGCUAAUCAAUUCAAUCCAAGCUACAUGGCCGGGAUGGCUUCCAACUUGGCAGGGACCUUUGGAGGGACAAAUGUACCACAAGGCAUAUAUCCUUCAACACCUGGGGGUUAUCCCCCAAUCCCUCCAGGUGGCUUUGGGCAACCUCCAUCAGGACAGCAGCCCUCUUAUGGAGUGUACCCUCCACCUGGAGGAAAUCCACCAUCAGGAAUGCCGGCUUACCCAGGAUACCCAGGUGGUCCUGCGCCAGGCCAGCCCAUGCCAUCUCCAGGUCAGCAGCCUAUGGGCUAUCCAGGGCAAUUGCCAGCAACUUAUCCAGGGCAGCAGCCGAUGCCGUCACCUGGACAGCAGCCAACGCCAAGUUAUCCAGCAGGCCCAGCUGUGAAUCCAUCUAUGCCCUCUUACUCAGGCUCUGCAGUGCCUACAGUCACUCCUGGAGCAUAUGGAAACCGAGGCACGAUCACUGAUGCACCAGGAUUUGACCCUCUGAAGGAUGCGGAAGUCUUGAGGAAGGCAAUGAAAGGGUUUGGAACUGAUGAGCAGGCGAUUAUAGAUUGUCUUGGAAGUCGUUCAAACAAACAACGGCAGCAGAUCAUGUUGUCCUUCAAAACAGCUUAUGGAAAGGAUUUGAUCAAGGAUCUCAAGUCUGAGCUAUCAGGUAACUUUGAAAGGACAAUCUUAGCAAUGAUGAAGACACCUGUUAUGUUUGAUGCUUAUGAAAUCAAGGAAGCUAUAAAGGGUGUUGGCACAGAUGAGAAUUGUCUCAUUGAAAUCCUAGCUUCUCGCAGUAACGAGCAUAUUCAGGAGCUCAACAGGGUCUAUAAAGCAGAAUUUAAGAAGACUCUGGAGGAAGCAAUCAAAAGUGACACAUCUGGACACUUUCAGAGGCUUUUAAUUUCGCUUUCUCAGGGAAACAGAGAUGAAAGUACAACAGUUGACAUGUCUCUCGUCCAAAGAGAUGUGCAGGAGUUGUAUGCAGCUGGAGAGAACCGUCUAGGGACCGAUGAGUCCAAAUUCAAUGCUAUUCUGUGUGCAAGAAGCAGGGCCCACCUCAGAGCAGUUUUCAGUGAAUACCAGAGGAUGUGUAACCGGGACAUCGAGAAAAGCAUAUGUCGUGAAAUGUCUGGAGACCUGGAAAAGGGCAUGCUGGCAGUAGUUAAGUGUCUCAAGAACACACCAGCUUUUUUUGCAGAAAGAUUGCAGAAUGCUAUGAAGGGAGCAGGAACAAAAGAUAGAACUCUGAUUCGAAUCAUGGUGUCACGCAGUGAGGUUGACCUGCUGGACAUACGCACAGAAUACAAGCGGAUGUAUGGGAAAUCCCUCUACACAGAUAUCACCGGUGAUACUUCAGGAGACUACCGGAAAAUCCUACUCAAGUUGUGUGGUGGAAAUGACUAAAUGGAGCAUUGAGGGUUUUCUGUUUUGUUUUUGUUUGUUUGCUUUGUUUUUAAAGCUGCUAUUUUCAUGUUUUUGCUUUUAAGUAUCCUUUUCCCUGAAAAGGUAAACGUAUAAAGAACUAUUUUUUCGUAAAGCUUUUACAUUUCUAAAGCUCAUUUUUCACAUCUCUUCCCUUCCACUCAAAAAUAUUGUGUAAUAAAUACCAAAGAAAAAAAAAUUAAGCUUAUGUACCAUCUAUUCAGGAUUUUUUAAGCGCUCUGUCUAAUCAAUGAAUGACAGAUCAUUCUUUCUGCUUAUGAUAUUAUGCUGAAAUAAUACAUUUUCUGGAGCAAAAAUCAUAGUUGUAUGAUUUAAGGUUUUAUUUUGUAUAAACAUAAUGUGCCAUUUUAAUGCCAGUUAUAUAUAUAUUGCACACAGUGGUGGUUUCAUGCUAACCUACUCCCUGAUAGGUGGAGAGAACAGUUAAGACUUUCAAAGAAGUUUUGUCAAGUUCUGUUUUGUUUGCUUGUUUGUCAAUUUUUAAGGAAGAUGUAUUCUACAUUUCAUUUCAUUUCUAGGGCAACUGUCAUAAGGCAGUUGUCGCUGACAAUAGUAAAGAUUUUCUAGUUAAUGUUUUAAGGUUUUGGAUUGUGCCUUAAAUAUAUGUAUCUAAAAGAUUACAAAAUUAAAGCUGUCUAUCUUCUAA